AGCCUUCCCGGCCGCCGCGGCAUGUCCUCUGAGCGGCCGGGUCCCCAGUGCCCGUCCGUGACCAUGGAGGCCAGAGCGCUCUGGCUGCUGGCGGCAGCCCUGAUCUUGGCGUCCUCCGGCACGUCCGGGCAGUACGUGGGCCUGUCGGCGAGCCAGUGCGCCAUCCCGGCCGGCGACCGGGUGGACUGCGGUUACCCCGAGGUCACCCCCGAGCAGUGCAACAGCAGGGGCUGCUGCUUCGACUCGAGCAUCCCUGAGGUGCCCUGGUGCUUCAAGCCUCUGCAGGACACAGAAUGCACCUUUUGAAGCCUCGCCCAUGGGCCCCCGGACACCGUGGGGGAUGAGUUUCCACACUCUGGAGUCCUGCCUACCCCUCUCUGCUUUUCUGCUCUGGACAAGGUUUUGGCGGAGACCUCCGGGCAAGGCUCUGGCUGACACCUAAGGUCUGGAGCCUGGUGACUUCUGGAAUAAAACCCAUACCCA